GAGACAUGUCCUCAAGCAGGCACGCCUUUCGUCAUGGCCCGUAUCAAAGACGUGGUUGGCUCUUCGGGCAGUCCCAUGUGCACGGAUGGGGUCGGCCAGGGUCCGACACUGCCGAGCGGAGCUGCCAGGACAUUUACUUAAGCCAAGCAACCCCCGCAUGAGCGCGCCCGUCUCGACAAACCAAAACCCGCAUUGAACGCCAUCCGCCGCCGCCAUGGAAAAGAUUCCAGAGCUGCAGUACACGCCCGCGGACAGCAUCCCGGGCAUUGUCGAUGGGCUGCGCGCGACUUUCCACUCGCAGAAGACGCGGCCGGUCGAGUUCAGGCUGAAGCAGCUGCGCAAGCUCUACUGGGGGCUUAAGGAUAACGAGCAGCUGGUUGUGGACGCGUGUAAGAAGGAUCUGGGCAAGUCUGGCUUCGAGACGUACCUCACCGAGCUGGGCUGGGUGCUGAACGACAUUGUCUUCGUAUGCGGCAAGCUGGAGGAGUGGGCGGCAGAUGAGUCGGCGCCGGACAUUGCGCUCAUGAACAAGCCGCUGGCGCCGAAGAUCCGCAAGGAGCCGCUCGGCUGCGUGCUGGUGAUCGGGGCGUACAACUUCCCCAUCCAGCUGUCCAUCGGGCCCCUGAUUGGCGCCAUUGCGGCGGGGUGCACGGCGGUGCUCAAGCCGAGCGAGAACGCGCCCGCAGCGGCGUACGCCAUGGAGAAGAUCAUGCAAGAGUCGCUGGACACGACGGCGUACACGACGGUGCAGGGCGGGGUGCCCGAGUCGACGGCGCUGCUGGACCAGAAGUGGGACAAGAUAUUCUACACGGGCGGCGUGGGCGUGGGCACCAUUAUCGCGAAGAAGGCGGCCGAGACGCUGACGCCCGUGACGCUGGAGCUGGGCGGCAAGAACCCGGCCAUAGUCGCGCGCCACGCGGAUCCGCGCCUGGCCGCCCGCCGCCUGCUCUGGGCCAAGCUGCACAACGCGGGCCAGGUCUGCGUCAGCCAGAACUACAUCCUGGUGGACGCGGCGGUGCUGCCCGCCCUGGUGGCCGAGCUGCGCAAUGCUUUUGACGAGUUCUUCCCCGACGGCGCCCGCAACAGCCCCGACUACGGCCGCAUUGUCAACGCGCGCCAGUUCCAGCGCUUGAAGCGCAUGCUGGACGAGAGCGCGGGCAAGAUCCUGCUGGGCGGCACCAUGGACGAGGACGAGUUGUUCUUGGAGCCCACGGUCGUCCAGGUCGAUAGUCCGCAGGAUAGCUUGAUCGCCGAGGAGAGCUUCGGCCCCAUCAUCCCGCUGCUCCCGUUCGACGACCUCGACGAGGCCAUCCGCAUCGCGAACCGGGUCCACGACACCCCGCUGGGCGUCUACCCCUUCGGCAACGCGCAGGAAACAAGCCGGGUGCUGGACCGGACGCGCUCGGGCGGCGCCUCCAUCAACGACGGCUUCUUCCACGCCUCAAUCCCGACCCUCGCCUUCGGCGGCGUCGGCUCCUCCGGCCAAGGCGCCUACCGCGGCCGCGCUUCCUUCGACGUCUUCUCCCACAGACGCAGCGUCACGAGCACGCCGGCGUGGAUGGAGCCGCUGCUCGGCGUGCGGUAUCCGCCGUACACGGCGCGCAAGGCGCGGGAUUUGGCGCGCAUGAGCGAGCUGAAGCCGGGGUUUGACCGCGAGGGGAAUGUAAGGCUGGGGUUUGUGGGCCGUGUGGCUUGGGCGGUCAGGUUGGGUGCGAGGGGCUUGAGGGGGAUGGCGGGGAGGUGGGUCGUGCUGCUGCUUGUUGCGUGGCUGUUUCGGCAGUGGAGGGAGACGGCUGGCGUGUUUUAGGAAAACGUGGGUGGCGGGUUUGCUUGCUCCCCUUCUUCUUCCCUGCUGGGCAUAUCCCCUUCCCCUUCAUCUUCUUGCCUAUCUUCCCCUCUCCCUUUCUGCCUUUGGUUUGUGCAUACAUUUCGCAGAUACACGUACGUACAUACAAACAAACGCAGACACGGACAUAUAUCCCUCGCUUACAUCCCUUGUUUACUUCCUCACAUGUACAUACAUGUACAUACAUACAAAUGCGUACAUACUCAUUCACGCCAUG